GUCAACUUACAACCUUGUGUAGCAUUUUCACUGAUAUAAAAAGUUAAUUGUUAAUAUUUUACCUUAAUUUUUAUAUUUAUCAACUGAGGAUGGUUAAGCAUACAGUAAUCGCUCGCGUUUCUGACGGACUUCCGUUAGCGGCCUCGGUUGAUGAUGAUCAGAAUGGAGAAGCAGAACUCGCAGACUAUAAGAACAAAGCCAAGCUUCUUUUUAAAAAAAUGAAUGAGAAUUCUGAAGAAAAGUGCUCUAUUGAGUCUGGAAACUAUUAUUUUCACUAUUUGAUUCAAAAUGGAGUAUGUUAUAUGACAAUUUGUGAGCGGUCAUAUCCACGGCAGUUUGCAUUUAGUUAUUUGGAAGAGCUCGCAAAAGAAUUUUCAAUGAGCUAUGGGAAUGAAGUAGAAAAGAGAAAUUUAAGACCUUACGCUUUUGUAAAAUUUGAUACUUUUAUGCAAAAAACAAAGAAAGUAUACCAGAAUACACGAACGCAACAUAAUCUAGAUCGACUAAAUACAGAAUUGAACGAAGUAGCUAAUAUUAUGACAAAAAAUUUAGAGAAUGUUUUGUGGCGUGGAGAAGGAUUAGAAAAGAUGAGUUCACUUUCAGAUCAACUUCGAUACGAGUCUCAAAAAUACAAGAAAUCAGCACGUGAUCUUAAUUUGCAAUUGCUUUUGCGUAAAUAUGGACCAUUAGUAUUUAUUUUUGUUAUAAUUAUAUUAGUAUUAUAUUGGCGAUUUUGGUGGUAUUAAUAAUAAUUUAUUUCUAAGAACAUUUUAAAGAUAUACUACAUUUACUCUUUCAUUGUGUACAUUUUAUAAAUAUAAUAAUUUUAAAGUAGAUUUAAUUGAUUAAAGGAAUAUGAGUUGGAGUUUUCUUUUUGUAUUCGAUAUAUUCCUUACCAAAAAAAUUAAUUAACAAAGGUUCUUCCUCCUCAAUUCUAUCCUUAAAGAAUCGGUGUAAUACAAAAAAAAAGCCGGCUAAACAAAUAGGAUUACAAAGUAAUAGUUGAGUUCCUAUAGCCCACCAAUAAAAACCGAAAUAUGAAGGAUGUCUCAUAUAAGCAUAUAUCCCCGUUGUGACUAAUACGUGAUCUUGUUUUUUACGAUAUGCUAUCUUAUGAGAAAAAUUUGAUUUAGCAUGCCACAUGGCAAGACUCCUUGCUGAUUGUCCUAUUACCAUUAUGAUGAACCCUA